AUGUUAAUAAAUUUGUAUUCCAAUUUUAUGAAGACUUCUCCUUUAACAUACUAUUUUCUUGCAUUUUUUCUUAAAGUUUACGACAUCACCAGUCGAGAAUCCUUUAGUAAUCUUCAAAAGUGGAUAGAAGAGGUACGUCGCUACACUGCCUCCAGCGUUAUGUUAAUAGUUGUAGGCAAUAAAUGUGAUUUGGAGGACGAACGUGAAGUGGAAUUCGAAGAAGCUCAACAAAUGUGCCAGUAUAUACCGGAAGUGUUGUUAGUAAUGGAAACCUCAGCCAAGGAGAAUCGUAAUGUAGAUGAUGCUUUUGUAACAUUGGCCAGUGAAUUGAAACGACGUAUAGAUACCAGUAUAAGGCAAGAAGAGAAUGCCGAUGAUGAGGCCAUUAAAUUGGGUCACAGUAAACCUUUGAGACAGUGCAGUAGUUCUUGCAAUUUAACGUAAAAUUUAACGAUAAUCUCAAUUUAAGUCUCGUAAUUGUUUUUAAAAAAGAAAAUUGUGAUUUGUUUAUUUUUUUUUGUUUAAUUAAUUCUUUUUUUUUUUUUUUUGUUUGUUUUGUUUCUUGCAAUAUAUUUUAAGUUAAUUUUUAUUUAAUUUAGUUUCAGAAUUAGUGAGAUUGAUUUAAAUCUUAUUGGUUUUGAAACAGAUAUUUUACUUUUAUAUUUUAAUAUUAGAAAUAUAACAAACGGUACAAAUGUUAAUAAAUUUGUAUUCCAAUUUUAUGGUCAA